CUCUGGGACACACCACCCCUCCCCAUCCCGGCCUUUCUACACUCUAGGUCCUUUCCGAGCUGCUUUUGCUGGGGGAGGCCUAGCUAGCAGGAGAUUGCCCUGCAAAUCCACCAACCACCAAACCAAAACUGCCCGCCCUAAGUUCACAGGAGGUAGGGUCAGGGUGACCAGACGCAACAAAUAUAAUUACAGGACAUAUUUACAUUGGAAUAUCCGUAUGUUUCUUGGGAGUUAAAAACAAACAAACAAACAAAAAUCUUAAAAAAAAACAAAAAACUAUUCGUGGUUUCUGUGAAAGGCAAAUUUAACCGGGCACCCUGUAUUUCACCUGGCAACCGUAGGUAAGGGAACAGGGGUAAGGCUGGAGAUUCGGAGCGCUCGAAGGAGGAGGCUUCCGGGCCUUUUGGGGCCCGGAGUGAAGCGUCACACGGGCGCAGUGUGUGCUGCCAGCAGCGAGACCGGCUCGCGCGCGAAGAUAGACGGCCGCUAGCCUGGGCUGGAACCACGUCCAGGGCUUGGGGCUCAGGAACGUUCGAUGCGACCCGAGGUGUCCGGCUCUCAGCUUCUGAACAACAGCGAAUCCUAAACACCGGAGACCACAGGCCAGAGGCAGGCCGCCCGACUCCAAGAUGGCGCCAGCGGGCGCUGCCAGCUGCCAAGAUGGCCGCACGGGAUUGCGCUCGCGAUCGCGGCUCCCCUCCCCCAAGGCGCCCGGGAGGCCGGGAGCGCUACGCGCGUCGUCGUGCGCCGGUUACCCUGCGUCCGGGCCGGUAGUCCCGGCAGCUUCUAGUCCCGCGCCAUGCGGCUCCUCGGGUGGUGGCAGGUCCUGCUGUGGGUGCUGGGACCUCCCGCCCGCGGCCUGGAGGUUGCAGAGGACAGCAGUCACUUGCAGUCGGAGGAGCAGCGUGCUCCCUCCCUGCAGGCAGGAGCUGUGUUGGCCAGUGAGGAGGAGCCCCCGCAUGGCCCCGCAGGCCAGGACAUGUCCGCAGGAGAGGCUGGCUCAGUGCUGGGGCUGGAUGCUGACGGCGACCACGUGGUGAUGCUAUCCGUAAUCCCUGGGGAGACCGAGGACAAGCUGAGUCCCGAGCCCAGUGGCGGCACCUGUGGGGCCCGAGGGGAGGAGGACUCGAGGUGCAGUCUCCGGGAGCACAUCUUCUCUCUGGAUGGCGUGGGACCCGGCUUCCAGGACAGGGAGGAGGAGUAUUACGCAGAGCCUGAAGUGGCCGAAUCCGACCCGGCCCCACCCGAGGACUCCAAUAACACGGAAAGUCUGAAAUCCCCCAAGGUGAACUGCGAGGAGAGAAAUGUGACGGGAUUAGAAAACUUCACUCUGAAAAUUUUAAAUAUGUCACAGGACCUUAUGGAUUUUCUAAACCCAAAUGGUAGUGACUGCACGCUAGUCCUGUUUUACACCCCGUGGUGCCGAUUUUCUGCCAGUUUGGCCCCUCAUUUUAAUUCUCUGCCCCGGGCAUUUCCAGCUCUUCAUUUUUUGGCACUGGAUGCAUCUCAGCACAGCAGCCUUUCUACCAGGUUUGGCACCGUAGCUGUUCCUAACAUUUUAUUAUUUCAAGGAGCUAAGCCAAUGGCUAGAUUUAAUCAUACAGACCGAACAUUGGAAACACUGAAAGUCUUCCUUUUUAACCAGACAGGUAUAGAAGCCAAGAAAAAUGUGGUGGUAACUCAAGCUGACCAAAUAGGCCCUCUUCCCAGCACUUUGAUAAAAAGUGUGGACUGGCUGCUUGUAUUUUCCUUAUUCUUUUUGAUUAGUUUUAUUAUGUACGCUACCAUUCGAACGGAGAGCAUUCGGUGGCUAAUUCCAGGACAGGAACAGGAACAUGCUGAAUAGCAACGGACUGAAAGGAGACGUCAGGACAAGAAAUUUCAGAAAUUAAUGCUGCACUUCCUUACAUAUUCUCCAGUGAAGUACAGACUUACAGCUUUAGUCAGAUUAAAAGAAUCAUGCAUUUGUUGAACUGUUGAAUGUGUUAAAAAAUUAUAAAUUGGUGUUUUAAUUAGUACCACAAAAAACAAAUGCAAAUUCAACAGAAGUCACCAUUCUUGUUUUUACUAUUCCAAUAUUUUAAGAGGGUAAUCCAGUUUCAAAUGGGAGCUGUGUUCAGGUGGAACAGUGCGUAGAAUGAUAAUUGGCUUCAUAGGAGGAAAUAGGACUUUUCACAGUAUAGUUCUAGAAAAGUCUUGAUUCCUAAAAAGUCUUUAUGUCGAAGAAGGUUGGUUUCUGUUCAUUUGCAGUUUUUCUCUCAGAGCCUGUAAGCAGGAAAAUGUUCUGUUGUGGAAGAAGAACUACAAUUGAUAAGUGUGACCUUGUAAGUAACUGGGAAAAUAAGAGUCAAGUACUUUGGUGUUUAUGAUCUCUAAUUUCACCGGAAGAAUUUGAAGUGGUUUAAAUCAUUUCUGGAUAGGGCAGAUGUUAGAAGAAAGUAAAUAUCAUCAAACUAAAGCUUAUUUAGUAACAGUUCUAGGCUAAAGCGUAACUCAAAUUUUAGUCAUUACCUAACCAGCAUGCACUGAUUCAACCUUAAGACGUUCUUGGCACUGUGCUAGUUUGUCAGAGCCAAAAGAAAUAUGUAACACUGUUCUUGCCUGCAAGUUGAUUCUAGUCUAGCUUAGGACACAGGUAGAAAAGAGACAAUGUGUAAUUUAUACCAACUUUUUUGGUGAAAAGCUGUUUCUAAAAGAUCCCUUAAAUGCAGUUAUAAGACAUCUGACCACAUAAUGACAAGUAACCUUUGUAGUGACUAUUUCCAGUGUUUCAGAUAGAGUAGUUCAUUUUAUCAUGCACCCAAAAUUCUAUGGAAAUAGAUUAGUUGAGUCACCUUGUCUGAAUGUUAUGUUGGGCAGGAGUUUACAAUUUUAAGUUGUGGACAGCUAUGGCUGGGGUGGUCACUGGUGGUUCAGAAAGGUACUAGUAUUUUUUUCACUUUACAAAUGAGCAGACUGAGGCAUGGAGAGAGGCUGAGUAACUUGCCCAGGUUACAUACACAGUAAGCUGAUGAAGCUGGGAUUUGAACCUUUACAUGUAUCUGUGUGUGUACUUGUAAGAAAAACUUACAGUGAUUCCAUCUUUUAUAACAAUAACGAACACUUGAGUCUAA